UUUGACUUAAGGGGAUUCCGCCUGUUACAGACCAUGAUUUUUACAAUUGAGGAAAUAAACAGGGAUGAGAGACUCCUCCCGAACAUUACACUGGGUUACAGGAUUCACGAUGACUGCCACUCCCCCGAGAUUGCGACAAGGGUUGCUCUAGCUCUGGUGAAUGGGCAGGAGGAAACGUACGCGGAUGAAGUGUGUGACGGGCCUCUCAAUAUCCCUGGGAUCGUUGGUGCUGCUGACUCCUCGGUGUCCAUCGCCAUUGCAAGAACAACCGGACCUUUUGGAAUACCACUGGUCAGCUACUUUUCCACGUGCGCAUGUCUCAGCGAUAAGAACGAAUAUCCAAAUUUUCAUCGAACUAUCCCAAGUGACGAGCAUCAGUCCAAGGCACUGGCGCAUCUCGUUCAGAAGUUUGGAUGGACUUGGAUUGGAACGGUUAACAGCAAUAACGACUAUGGCAACUCGGGGAUGAGAGCCUUUGUCGAAACUGCUGAGGAUUUCGGACUUUGCAUUGCCUUCUCCGAAUCAUUUCACAGAACAGACUCUCCACAGAAGAUCACCAGGAUAGUGCAAGUGAUGAAGGAAGCGACCACAAAGGUCGUGGUGGCCUUUGCUGGACCUGGCGAAAUGCGGAUUUUAUUUGCUGAGGUUCUACGGCAAAACCUAAGCGGCGUGCAGUGGGUGGGCAGUGAGGGGUGGAUUACAGCAGACUUCGUCGUUGUAGAUAGUGGCCGGCGCUUCCUUACCGGAGCAAUCGGAACUGCUGUGCGUGCACAGGAAAUUCCAGGGGUGCAGGACUUCCUGCUCACAAUCCAUCCUUCCCGAUUUCCCGGUAAUCCAUUAGUGAUGGAGUUUUGGGAAACCACAUUCGGAUGUACUCAUAGUUUCGAAAAGGCGACCAACGAAGUUGGUUCACUUGGCCGGCUCCCACAGUGCAGCGGAAAUGAGAGUCUGCUUCAAAUCAACAACGCCUACACCGACUUGACCAUGGACGGGAACUCUUACAUUGUAUAUAAAGCAGUCUACGCUUUUGCUCAUGCGCUUCACGAUAUGCUUUCAUGUGAAAGUGGCAAAGGGCCAUUCCGGAACAAAACAUGUGCACGACUUUCAAAUUUUAAACCGUGGCAGCUCCUCCAUUACAUGAAGUCAAUUUACUUCACAACAAAAGUUGGGGAGAAGGUGCAUAUUGAUGAGAAAGGCAAUCCAACAGCCACUUAUGAUAUUGUAAACUGGAAAAUUAAAGCAAACGGUAGCCUUGAAGCUCGGACAGUUGGAUAUUACAACGGAUCAGGUCCUCCGGGUAAAGAACUUGUGCUGAACCUGCAUCAGAUUGUCUGGAGCGAUGGUAAGCGUCAGAUUCCCCGGGCAGUCUGUUCUGAAAGUUGUUCCCCUGGUACAAGAAAAAUAGCCAGGAAAGGACAACCAGUUUGCUGUUUUGACUGCACGUCCUGUGCGGAUGGAGAAAUUAGUAACACUACAGACUCCGCAGACUGCAUCAAGUGUCCUCCCCUGUACUGGUCCAACGAUCAAAAAGAUCUAUGCAUCCCAAAGAAAAUAGAGUAUCUGCAUUUUACGGAAAUCGUGAGCAUUGUGUUGGUGUUACUCGCUCUGGUUGGAGUGUGCAUGUCUGGACUGACAGCGGGUCUGUUCUUUAAACAUCGAGAGACGCCUCUGGUUAAAUCUAACAAUUCUGAGCUGAGCUUCCUCCUUCUAUUUGCGUUGAGCUGCUGUUUUUUAUGCUCGGUCACAUUCAUUGGCGAACCGUCACACUGGUCCUGCAUGUUACGCCGCACGGCGUUUGGCAUCUCGUUUGUCAUGUGUAUCUCUUGUGUUCUGGUCAAAACCAUUCUGGUACUGACGGCAUUUAAGGCAACGCAUCCCAGCAGUAUCAGGAUGAAAUGGUUUGGUCAAAGACAGCAGAGGAUAAGCGUCUUCCUCCUGGCGUCAGCGCAGGGUUUAAUAUGUGCGCUUUGGCUGCUCAUUGAGCCUCCUUUCCCCGUGAUCAACACUAAAUAUUACCGCGACACGAUAAUUUUAGAAUGUGAUAAAGGAUCAUUUGCAGCCUUCUACUCGGCUUCGGGUUAUAUCGCCGUGUUAUCGUGCGUUUGUUUUGUCCUGGCCUUUCUCGCACGGAAGCUGCCAGAUAACUUUAACGAGGCAAAAUGUAUAACGUUCAGCAUGCUCAUCUUUUGUGCGGUUUGGGUCACUUUUAUUCCGGCCUCCGUGAGCUCUCCUGGGAAAUACACGGUGGCGGUUGAAGUGUUUGCCAUCCUGGCGUCCAGUUUUGGACUGCUGCUUUGCAUUUUUGCACCGAAGUGUUUUAUUAUUGUAUUCACUCCGGAGAGAAACACAAAGAAGCACAUUAUGGGUAAAGUGGAUCAGAGGAAUCUUUAUAGGGUGCGUAUCCAUACGUCCUGGCCUGUAACGGCGUAG